AUGGCGGCUGGGACCUUGUACACAUACCCCGAAAACUGGAGGGCCUUUAAGGCCCUCAUCGCUGCUCAGUACAGCGGGGCUCAAGUCCGCGUGCUCUCCGCACCACCCCACUUCCAUUUCGGCCAAACCAACCGCACCCCUGAAUUUCUCCGCAAGUUUCCUGCCGGCAAGUGGGUGAGCUUUGCCGACAGCGACAUCGUUCCCCCAGCCAGCACUUGGGUGUUUCCCACCUUGGGCAUCAUGCACCACAACAAGCAGGCUACAGAGAAUGCUAAGGAGGAGGUGAGGCGAAUUCUGGGCCUCCUGGACCUUCACUUGAAGACAAGGACUUUCCUGGUGGGUGAACGUGUCACCUUGGCUGACAUCACGGUUGUCUGUACCCUGUUGUGGCUCUACAAACAGGUGCUAGAGCCAGCUUUCCGCCAGGCUUUUCCUAACACCAACCGCUGGUUCCUCACCUGCAUUAACCAGCCUCAGUUCCGGGCAGUCCUAGGGGAGGUGAAGCUCUGUGAGAAGAUGGCCCAGUUCGAUGCUAAAAAGUUUGCAGAAAACCAGCCUAAAAAAGAUGUCCCACGGAAAGAGAAGGGAUCCCGGGAGGAGAAGCAGAAGGCCCAGGCUGAGCGGAAGGAAGAUAAAAAGGCAGCAGCUGCCGCUGCUCCCGAGGAGGAGAUGGACGAAUGUGAGCAGGCACUCGCUGCCGAGCCAAAGGCCAAGGACCCCUUUGCUCACCUGCCCAAAAGUACCUUCGUGUUGGACGAGUUUAAGCGCAAGUACUCCAAUGAGGACACGCUGACUGUGGCCCUGCCCCAUUUUUGGGAGCAUUUUGAUAAGGACGGCUGGUCCUUAUGGUAUGCCGAGUAUCGCUUCCCUGAGGAGCUCACCCAGACCUUCAUGAGCUGCAACCUCAUCACUGGAAUGUUCCAGCGAUUGGAUAAGCUGCGGAAGAACGCCUUUGCCAGUGUCAUCCUCUUUGGAACCAACAAUAGCAGCUCCAUUUCUGGAGUGUGGGUCUUCAGAGGUCAAGAGCUUGCCUUCCUGCUGAGUCCAGAUUGGCAGGUGGACUACGAGUCCUACACGUGGCGGAAACUGGAUCCUAGCAGUGAGGAGACCCAGACGCUGGUUCGAGAGUACUUCUCCUGGGAGGGGGCCUUCCAGCACGUGGGCAAGGCCGUCAAAGAGGGCAAGAUCUUCAAGUGA